CCAGCCAAGCAGAGUGUAAAUAAACAGGAGCAGGAAAGCACAUGUGUAGCUGGAUAGUGGACCUUAUGCAUUUCUCUCUGUGCGGCUAUCUGCAGGAGAGCCUGGCCGCUCAUCUCUGUAGGUGCCUCAGACCUUGCCUCUCUCCUUGGUGGGGGGUCCUUGAGACUGCUGCUCUCUGUACCCUCAAUUUCUACCCUUCAUCAACCUUCUUUUAACUCUCUGAAGUGCUUAUGUGUCCCACAACAUGCCAUGUUCUGUCAUAUGCCACAUUUUUAUUCUUGCUAUGUCCUUGGCUGAGAACUCUUUCUCCUGAUCUGUGGACCUUUAAGAAAGCUAAGUUCAGGAGAAACUUCCUCUGUGAAGCAUCCUCAAUUCCUUCAAACUGAAGGGCUUCUUCACCUGUUCUCAUUCUGCAUGUUCAAUCACUUUGUACUUCUAUUACAGCAUUUACCUUAUUAGCUUUUACUUGUCCAUCUUCCCCAUCAAGACUGUAAUAGCUAGUUCUUGUGGGCCUCGGUGGGUCCACUCCUGUCCUACAUGUCCCAAGCAUCUGAGGUGUCGGCAAGCAACAUUAUGGAUCAGGUAAUGCAGUUUGCUGAGCCAAGUCGGCAGUUUGUGAAGGAUUCAAUUUGGCUCGUUAAAAGAUGCACCAAACCUGGUAGGAAAGAAUUCCAGAAGAUUGCCAUGGCAAUAGCAAUAGGAUUUGCUGUAAUGGGGUUCAUUGGCUUUUUUGUGAAAUUGAUCCAUAUCCCUAUUAAUAACAUUGUUGGUGGCUGA